AUGGCCUCUGUGAAAGCAUGUGCUCCAUACUUCUAUAUGAUUGUGUCCCAGUUCGCGUAUGCUGGAUCCAGCAUCCUCAGCAAGCUUGCAUUAGGACAAGGACUAAGUGCACUUGUCUUCGUAGUGUACAGGCACCUUAUUGCCAUGCUCAUCUUGGCUCCUCUUGCUUAUGUGCUCGAAAGGAAUCGAAGACCCAGCUUCUCAUUUGGUGUUAUGCUAAAAAUAUUCAUUCUUGCUAUGUUGGGUAUAACAAUUCAGCAAAAUGUAUACUACGUUGGACUCCAUCUCAUUUCUCCAACUGUUGCCAGUGCCUUGGGCAAUGUCAUUCCUGCUUUUACUUUCUUAUUGCCAAUUGAUGGAAAUGCUCAACUUGAAGACUGUAAGAGGGAGGGCCAAGCUUGCAGGGGCCAUCUUCUGCAUCACUGGUUCCCUAAUCUUCACAUUUUGGAAAGUCCUGAGAAAGGCGAUGCCUGGCUUAAAGGCUCUGCUCUUAUGCUAUUCGGCUAUUUUGCAUGCAGUGUAUCACUUGUUCUUCAGAUAUUAUUGUCAGAUUCGGAAUUUGCUCAGUCUCAUCAUCGGUGGAUUGAAUGUUCAGAUUCUCUAUUUUCUUGCCCCUCCAAGAUUGAAAUGAUGAAGAUGAACCUCCUCACCCUCAGCCUCCUUGCCCUCGGCCUCCUUCCAUUAUAG